UGCGCUCUUUCCCUCCUGCAGACUGCACUCAUACACACACACACACACACACACUCUUACACCAAUAAGAUACUGGACACACAUCCACACACUUACACAGAAAACCUGCAGGCACAGACAAACACUACUAUAUGCUUUUACACUCCAAGUUCACAUCAGAGGCAGUUACAGACACUUUCUCUUUACACACACUUAUUUAAAAAUCUCACAGAAGAAUGAGGACAACUGUGCUUUGCGUUUGUGCUAGUCUCCUGCUUACAGCCACCUUUUUACUGCGAACCAGCCAGGCAGCAGAGUUCCCUGUUAACUCUCACCAGCGAUGGGACUCUAGAGGAUCCUACCAUUUGGGAUUUGACUCCGGUACCCCCACCUCUUGCCCCAUGAAACUUAGACCUUCGGGCCAGUGUGGGAGCUCCGGGGCAGAGGAGGGGGAGGACUGCCCUUACCAGCUCACUCUGCCUCCCUUCACCAUCCAGCUGCCCAAGCAGUUCAGGCUGCUGGAGAAGGUGAUGAAGGAGCUGCAGAGCCUGAAGGAGGUGGUGAACAAGCUGAAAAGCGGAUGCCAGGAGUGCCGUGGAGCACGGGGCAAUGGAGCUUUUGGACAUCAGCAAGCAGACCAGGUCCCGGUUCAAAGGGAUAGUGGGGAAGAAGUGACAAGGCAGGAGGUGCAAGGUGGAUCCAGCCAAGAGGAGAGGGGAGAUGGGCUGAUUCCUGGAGCUACUGUGGACGGUACAGGACUGGGACAGGGUUCAGUUUUUGGGAAAGCUCCUUCAAGCCCAAGCACUAUGCAGGAGAUGCAGGUGAAGCUGAAUAGGAUGUCAACCAGCCUGCGGAAUGCCAGGAACCAGAUCUCAUCUCUGCAGGGCCGUCUAGAGGGGCUCAACCUCCUUAACAUGGAGAAUGUGCAGGCUAUAGUGGACAGACGGGUGGAGAACAUCACUGGAGUGGUCAACAAGCUCAGCUCUACCUGUACCACCGAAUGUCCAGCAGUGAACAGCCCACAGUCCAUCUUAGCCCCUCGGGACUGUUCAGAGUACAAUGUGCUGGAAGUGAGGAAGAAUGGUGUAUAUCGUGUGAUCCCAGACGCCCGCAAUGGGACGUUUGAGGUAUUCUGUGACAUGGAGUCCUUCGGAGGUGGCUGGACUGUGAUACAGCAACGGCUCAAUGGGUCCAUCAGCUUCAAUCGCACAUGGGCCGAGUAUAAGAAAGGCUUUGGGAACCUCAGAGGUGAGUUCUGGCUGGGCAAUGACCAUAUCCAUUUGCUGACAAAAGCAAAAGAUAUGAUUCUGCGUAUUGAGCUAGAGGACUUUGAGGGUGUCCGGGAGUAUGCAAAGUAUGACGAGUUCUAUGUGGCCAAUGAGUUCCUACGCUACCGGCUGUCUGUCAGUGGAUACAGUGGGACAGCUGGGAAUGCCCUCAGUUUCAACAAACACUUCAACCAUGACCAAAAGUUCUUCUCUACACCCGACCGCGACAACGACAUGUACCCCUCUGGAAACUGCGGCGCCUACUACAGCUCCGGCUGGUGGUUCGACGCUUGCAUGUCAGCCAACCUCAACGGGAAGUACUAUCACAAGAGGUACAAGGGAGUCAGGAACGGGAUCUUCUGGGGAACGUGGCACAACAUGUCGACAGAGUACUACCCCACCAACUACAGGCAGGCCUUCAAAACUGUCAAAAUGAUGAUACGGCCCAAGAACUAUGCUCCUUAAGAGGACAGGUAAAUAUUUGUGAAUACAGUCACGCAGACGAAGACGAAGAAAAAUGGAAGAACAAGUACAUAAGGACUCAUACACACAUACACUCAUGAGUAGUCAUGCAUUUGAACACAUUUACACAUGCGUACUGAUAAGACUGUAGGCAGUUUGGAUGCAUUAAUAAUAACAAUAAUUGUGAAAAAUUUAAGUGUGCUGUUACUUUUCCACUCUACUGAGUGUGGCCUUCAAAACGUUGGAUUAAAAUGAUGAUAAUAAAGGACAAUGGACUAUGAAUGAAGAUGGACUAAUAAAAAAAAACUCUCAUGUAGAGUAGGCUAGCCUCCUACGUGGGCCAUAACAUUAUACGGAGGGUUACCAGAGGAAAUUUUUCUCUGGUCUUUGACAUUUUUUUUCUCUUUCUCUCCUGCUGCCUCCUGCUAUAAACCCGGCCGAGAAACACAGCACAGCACAUACGAGUAGUAAAAACUAAUGAGCUAUCACUUUCUCUGCUGUAAAUGAUUUUAUAAUUAACAGCAGCCACCCAAGUGAGGUAUACGAGAGCUGAUGAUACAGUUUUGAGUGGGUCCGAUAAUCAUUAUGAAAGACUUCAAGCUGGAGAGUCAAACUGUUAGAAAAAUGAUACGCAGUAAUAAAUGUAUAGCUUUACAUGCCCUUCUCUAGCAUUUAUCUCACUGCUCUGGGGCAGUUUGCUGAUUUAUCAUUAUCCUAUACCACAGAAGACAGCCCAGUAUAAAUAUGCAGCAUCCAAUAAAUUUCUAUUGAGUCAUAUAUGUGUGUACAUUCUGCAUUAUUGAUGUUUUACUAAAUUCUUCUUGAGAGCAGCCACGAAGCAGGACAUUGCUGUGAGGAAAAACUGUUUUUCCAACCUUUAUCUCUGAGUGCACUGAAUUACUGCACCGUUCUCUAUGCCAUAAUCUGUAAAAUUCUCCUCUUGUACAAUACUGCUAUCUAAUGUUAGGAAACUGUAUAGCACCAUUUGUUCCAUUUUAUACACACUGAACGGGAAGGACUGGGGAAAGAAAUGCUUCACUAUAAGGAUGUGUACAGUAUUUAUUUUACUUUGUGAGAUAUGAUAGCUUUUAUAUAAUACUACAGUCAUGCAGUACAGAGUCUAAUGAUUGUUGAUAUUUGAGCAAUGGCAAAGACUGGGCAUAUUUGUGACCAUUUAUAGUAAAUAUUUGCAUAAUUGGAAUUCUUUGUUUGUCAUAUUGAUCUUUUCUAUCAUUCACAUUCAACUGUCAUCCCAAAAGUUAUGCACUUUUUAUAUUGGAAAAAAAAAAUAAAGUUAAUAUUCCAUG